AUGGUGAAAAAAGGAAACAUUGUGCAGUACAGGGAGAGGUUGGACAAGAGUCUUGCCUUACCUGAUCUGACAGAUGAACGGAUACUCAAAACCCUUGUCAAAAGUCAACUCCAACGUUCUUCUUCAAAAGUGGAAAUUGAAGGAUGUAAUGAGAAAUUAGUAGAAACCAAAACCAAGGAGAUAUAUGACUUUCUUAGCAUGUUGAGAAGUGCUUCUGGAGACAAUAGUGCAGGAUCUAGCACAUCACGCUCUGAUUGGAAAUUAAAACAGGAUACUGAAGAUUUUCGAGUUAUGUAUCGCGAAGGACCAGAGGGAACUCCCUUUCAUACAUUGCUAGUUGAAGGCUAUGUGGAUGGGCCUCUAGAUCUCUCUUUGUGCCUUUCAUGGGAGUCCUUCCUCUACAAGAAAUGGUGGCCUCAGUUUACUAUUCCUAGUUUCAAAGUUCUAGUAUCUGAACGUUUGCAGAGGGUCCAGAUUGGAGAACACAUUUCACUUGUUAGGAUGAAGGUUCCAUGGCCCCUAUCUACAAGGGAAGCUAUAGUGCAUUAUUAUCUUUUUGAGUACUUUCAAGAUGACUUAGUAGUUGUUCUUUUGAAUACGGUCUCUGAGUCUACGAGCAUUGACAAUUUCAACAUGGAUGCAAUUCCUGAGGCCAAGGAUGUUGUAAGAAUUGAUUUGUUGGGAGGCUAUGCUAUGCAAAAG